AAGCUGCUCCCGAGCCUCUGCAAGAUCUAACACAAUCCCACCCUGAGGAGGCCGAGCCGAACCAACACUCUGAUGAUACCAACACCUCGGACAUAUUUCAAAAGGCCCAAGGAGGAGCAACAAUCCACUCAAACUCAGAAUAAGACCAGGAAUACCAAUGUUUGUUCAUUCUGUGACAAAAUGAUUAAAGGAAAUGUCAAGAUUCACCUCAGUGAACCUGUGAUGACGUGCCACCCCGACUGUCUAAAGUGUGGUGUGUGUGCUAAGGCCCUAGGAGAUUUGCUGACUGUCAUCUUCUUGCAUGACCAAGUGGUCCAUUGUGGUGGCUGCUUUGCAAAAACUCUCAGAACCUGAAGCCUAAC